UUCCAUCGCCCCUCCCCGCUUUUGACCACACGUUCUAUUCAUAAAAUACCGAUCUCCUCCCUCCACAAAGCAGAAAACGCGAGAGCAACGAACCGUGUGCGGAAGCGAAAGCCUUUGCCGAGAAUCGCAUAAGUGUCCUGCCGAAUCGGUCCACCUUCAUCAUGAGCUGCAAGAACGUUGCCCACCUGAUCCUGCGGAACAGCCGGCAGUUCUCGCGCACCGCUACCGUCUCAUCCGGCGAGGUUGCCGAGGGCUACAAGCAGCUGAAGCACCUGCAGGCCAAAUUCCAGAAACCCGAUGGAAAGCCGGUGUUCCUGAAAGGUGGUGCGAUGGAUAACGCUCUGUUCUCGCUGACGAUUGCGCUGAGUCUGGUUGGAUUGGCUGGAAUUGGCAAGCUGUUCUACGAGCUGAGCUACCCGAAGAAGGAAUAGGCUAACUCCGAGCAGCCAUCUGGAUCGGCAGAAGCAGGAAGAGGGUGGGCAAUAGUAAAUCAUAGCCCCCAAACACCAUCCAUCCCGCUUCGAGCAUAUGUACGUUCUGUAGAUCUAAAAAUAUUGUUCAAACGAUGUUUCACCAUGCGCCAUGCCAUGUCAGAAUAGGGCACAGGGCAGCGGGCAGGGGAUUGCAAUUGUAGAAGGAAAAGGCUAAUACGGGAUGCACGAUUUAACCAAUGAUUCCAUGCAGCAUUAGGCGGAGUGUGAAAGCGCACUAUUGGCAUUCCCUUCUCGGGUCUUGCGGAAGAAAAACGCGUUGUUUUUUUUGGAAGGGUGACUGUGCGGUGAGGGCCAAUAGUGGGUUUUAACCAUGAGGAGCAUUUGAACCAUAACAUGCCGCCGGAUUCAGAUCCUAGUGCAUUUAUCAGCAAAUAAAUAUGGAGUUUGAGCAAUAAA